AACCGGCCGUCAGUCGGGAGGGAGGUGAGAGUCCGCUCUUGAGUAGCUGGGUGGGUGAGUGGGUAGGCGCCAAAGAUGGCGGCUGCGGAGCAGGAGGACGAGCUGGAAAGAAAGAGCGUGAAAGAGAAAUUGCGGCCGCGCUUGAGGGCGUUCGAUGUCGGAGACAAGUUCUCCCGCCUGCCGCUGGCCAAAGCUUCCGUCCUGUUGCCACUGCUGGUGCGGGAGGGCAGGCUGCACCUGCUGCUCACCGUCCGGGCCAUGCAGCUGAGAAGAUCACCAGGGGAAGUGUGUUUUCCAGGAGGUAAAAGUGAACCAACUGAUAAAGAUGAAAUUGAUACUGCUCUCCGAGAAGCUAAAGAAGAAGUGGGGCUCCAGCCAGAGAAAGUGGAGGUCAUCUGUAGGCUUGUGCCUGGAAUUGAUAAAAUGAAUCACUUGGUUACGCCAGUUGUAGGAUUUAUAGAGGAUACAUUCCAAGCCACUCCUAAUCCAGAUGAAGUGAGCGAUGUUUUUCUCGUGCCAUUGGAAUACUUUAUCAAGCCCUUAAAUUAUAAGAGGUUGCCUUAUAAAACCUCAUCUGGUUACUUAAGUUGGAUGCACUGCUUUAUAUAUGAUGACCAGGAACGUAAAACGUCAUUCAAGAUAUGGGGACUAACUGCACACUUUGCUGUAUUUCUUGCUCUUAUAGUUUUUGGAAAGAGGCCUACAUUUGAAGUUGGUUAUGAUCUUGACAACUUAAUUUCAUCUGCUGAGAAUAACUUCAUGAACUUAUAUGCAUCCUUAUAUGAAAGAAAGAAGAGUAAUUUAUGACAAACUGGUCUAGCAAUUAAUUUAUAUUGAAGUAGAAAAAAGGAUUUUGUUUAUUCCCCUUUUACCUAUUUGAUUGACUGUCACACUUGAAUUUCUUCUGAAUUGUGAAGCUAUUAAAAUUUAUUUUUCUGUAAUCUUUUUAGGUUGACAAGCCCUAACUAGAUUCCUAUAACUUCUAAUUUGUUUUACAGUUGCAAAAAGCGUAUGGUAUUUUUAAAUAUACAGAUUCGGAAGAUCUGUUUCAGUUUCUGCCUUUAUUUUGUAUGAUCUAAGAUGCUUUCUGUGGUUUGCCUUCUGUACAAUGAGAUAAUACUAUUUUAUCUAAUUUUUGUCUGUUUGAAUUAGAAUAUGAAAACUUUUGGGGAUCUGUCUUUUACUGUGUGGUAUCUUACAUAUGGAUAACAUAAUGCGUAGUCUUGUGUGGUAUCUUUAAGCACUUAGGAAAUGCAUAAUAAA